GAAUAAAAUAGUGCCGUGGAUUAGUGAAGAAGCUUAUUGAGCAAUCUAGUAAUGUCUCCGUGGGGCUUUUUGCUGGAACCAUAAUUAAGAGUGCUUCUGAAGAACUGUAACUGAAAGAGAGAUCUAUUUGGUGGGAUGUAGUUAGAGAGAGAGAGAGAAAAAAAAAGAAUGAAUCAAGAUAAAACAUCUAAAUGCAAGUACCAGAAAAAUCACAGGAUAUCUCAGUGAAUCUGCAAGUGGACUGUCUUCCUUGUGGGUUGACAGGCAGUUCUCGGGCUGCACGAUGGGUUUCCGGAUUCACUUUGUUGUUGACCCACAUGGCUGGUGCUGCCUGGCUGUGAUUGUCUGUGUCUGGCUAUUCAAUGUUGCUAUCAUUCCCAAGAUCAUCAUCCUUCCUCACUAUGAGGAAGGACAUAUUCCAGGCGCAUUAGUAAUACUGUUCUAUGGCCUUGCCAUAUUUUGUCUGGUUGCCUUAGUGAGAGCCUCAAUAACGGAUCCAGGAAGACUCCCUGAGAACCCCAAGAUCCCACAUGGAGAAAGGGAGUUCUGGGAAUUAUGUAACAAGUGUAAUUUGAUGAGACCAAAGCGUUCGCAUCACUGCAGCCGCUGUGGCCACUGUGUGAGGAGAAUGGACCAUCACUGUCCAUGGAUAAACAAUUGUGUUGGUGAAGAUAAUCAUUGGCUUUUUCUCCAGUUGUGCUUCUACACUGAGCUUCUCACUUCCUACGCACUGAUGUUUGCUUUCUGCCACUAUUAUUAUUUUCUUCCACUAAAAAAGCGUAAUUUGGACCUCUUUAUUGUUAGACAUGAAUUGGCUAUAAUGAGAUUUGCUACAUUGUUGGGCAUUACUAUGUUAGUUGGAAUAACUGGGCUCUUUUAUACCCAACUAAUUGGCAUCAUCACAGAUACAACAUCUAUUGAAAAGAUGUCAAACUGUUGUGAAGAAAUAUCGAGGCCUCGAAAGCCAUGGCAGCAGACCUUCUCAGAAGUUUUUGGCACUCGUUGGAAGAUCCUGUGGUUCAUUCCUUUCAGGCAGAGGCAACCACUGCGAGUUCCCUACCACUUUGCCAAUCAUGUCUAAACAGAUGGAUGGUGGGCACAGAUGGGUCCUCCAUGCUGGAAAUGCGUUACAGGUUUAUGAUAAUAGAACUAUGACAGUCUUCAAGUCAAUUAAAAUCCACCCACCAAUCUUAGGCAUCAUAAUGUGCCCCAGGCUUUAUUUUAAUAGUGAUCUUGAUCCUGUUGUGGGACUAAUACAAGAUCUAUAUUUAAGUUUUAAAGCAUGUUUACUUUCAAAUUAGCUUUCCACUGGGAUUUCUUUAAGUGCUUUUGUUAUUGAACUUAAAAGGCAAUGGUUGGAAUGAAAUAAUUGUACAUAAAUUUCUUU